GUUCUUGGCCGAGAUCAUCACCUUGCCCAGCCAGGAAGAUCGAGCCUGCCAGGCACCCAAAAACAUCCUGCUGCGGCCCAACCAGAUUCGUGAGACAGUCUUCCCGACGAUCUUGGGCUUUCAGAUGAUGAGAGUGGGCCAGUUGAUUGUUGCGGCGGUCCCUGGAGAAUUCACCACCAUGGCCGGCAAAGUCACCAGGGAGGCAAUCAAAGCGGUCUUGGUGGAACCGGGAUUGGUGAACCAGAGCGCUACCGUGGUGCUGAACAAUGUGGCCAGUGGUUAUGCUGGCUAUGUCACUACCCUCGAGGAGUAUCAACAUCAGCGCUAUGAGGGUGGCUUCACCACUUACGGCCCCUACACGCAUGCAGCCAUGACAGACAUCCUGGUACAGAUGGCAGAGGACUUGGCAGAUGGGAAGCAGAGCUAUCCAGGGAUCAAGCCGCAGUUGCCCAACAAGGCGGAGCAAUGGGAGAUGAAGCAGGUGAUUUUGGACGAUCCUCCCAUUGGAGGAAAGUUUGGCGAUGUCAAGGUGGAUGUGUCGCCCGGUCCACACUGGCCAGGUGACACGGUGCGAUGUACGCUUUGGGGGGCGCACCCUCGAAACCACCUCCAGAGAAACAGCAGCUUCGGCACGGUCUGGCGCUGGCAACCCACCAAUGAGAGCGAUCUCACAGCUGGAGGGAAAUGGCAGCUGGCUGCCGAUGAUAGCGACUAUGACACCAUGUUCCAUUGGAAGCGCGAGGGCAUCUCUGCCAGUCUCGUGACCAUCGAUUGGACCAUCCCCGAUAACGCGCCCGGGGGCUGGUAUACCAUCCACUAUAGUGGCCAUGCAAAUCGUGGAGGACAAAUCUCGGCCAUCAGCGGUGCCUGCGGACUCUUUGAGGUACGCGAAGCUGAGCAUAUGAUGCCGUCACUGCCGGAUCAGUUCGUCAUCCCUCCGCCGCAGUCGGUGGAUGUGCCCGACAUGCCGCUGCCGCGGCCGCGGCGCCCCCGGCGGCCACCCAGCGGACGUGCUCUGCGGGGAGCAAGGAAAUGAAACGAACGCGGAACCGGUCCGAAAAUGCUGGUGCUGUAGAAGUUGUUUUCGGUCCCGUGGACCCCCUCUGGAUGUGCACGAGUCACAUCUUCACCACAAGUGUUAGCCAGCCUUCAAGCGGAUCCGCAAUUUUCCUCCG